CGCAGAUUGCUGCUUUGUUCUCAGGCAGAGCUGGAGGAUAGCGGGAAAUGGAGCGCUGGUUUCUUUGUGGCUUUCUGUUGCUGCUUCAAGUUUGUGGCUUCUGUUCGGCUGAUAACACAUGGAAGGAAAUACAAGAAAAGGUGUCAGAAGCUGUUAAAGGAUACAAAACAUGUAACCCUGUUAACUGCAGCUGCCAUCUUGGCGUCCUCCAUCAUGACCUGAAGCCGUUUGAGAGGGGAAUCUCUCAGGAUGUCAUGGCAACCACGGUUCAGAAAGGUGUGGGCACCCACUACCAGGUCAUCGGGCACAAACUGUACCGGGAGCACAACUGCAUGUUCCCUGCAAGGUGCAGUGGAGUGGAGCAUUUCAUCCUGGAGGUUGUGGACAGGCUCCCUGACGUGGAGAUGGUGGUGAAUGUGAGAGAUUACCCUCAGGUGCCCAACUGGGUCCAACCAAUUCUGCCCGUCUUCUCGUUCAGUAAGACGCCAGACUACCAGGACAUCAUGUACCCGGCGUGGACGUUUUGGGAAGGCGGGCCCGCUGUGUGGCCCAUAUAUCCCACCGGACUGGGCAGAUGGGAUCUGAUGAGGGACGAGCUGAAAAAGUCUGCAGCUCAGUGGCCCUGGAAGAAGAAAGAGGCCAGAGGAUUCUUCAGAGGCUCCAGAACCAGCGCUGAGCGCGACCCACUCAUCCUUCUGUCCAGAGAAGCUCCAGAUCUGGUGGAUGCUGAGUACACCAAGAACCAGGCCUGGAGGUCCGAAAAGGACACACUGGGCAGACCUCCAGCUAAAGAAAUCCCUCUGGUAGAUCACUGUAAAUACAAAUAUUUAUUUAACUUCCGGGGUGUGGCGGCGAGUUUUCGCCUCAAGCAUCUCUUCCUCUGCGGCUCAUUGGUGUUUCAUGUGGGCGACGAGUGGCAGGAGUUUUUCUACCCUCAACUCAAACCCUGGGUCCACUACGUCCCGGUCAAACAGGACUUAUCUGACGUCAGAGAGCUGCUUCAGUUUGUCAAAGAAAAUGAUUCUGUCGCACAAGAGAUCGCCUCCAGAGGUCAGGAGUUCAUCCUGAACCACCUUCAAAUGGGAGAAAUCACGUGUUACUGGGAGAAACUCCUGACCGAGUUCAGCCAGCUGCUCACCUACAAGCCCAAACGCAGGAGCAACUACAAACAGAUUGUCCAGAAACCCAUCAAAACUGAGCUUUAAACUCUGAUACGAAGGAGAAUCAACUAUUAUGAAUGUAUUUUCUGUGGUACGAGUUUUUUAUUUUUAUUGAUUCUCAAUUUUGGGUUCAAAAUCAUGGUUUCAAAACUUGGUCCAGAUCUUUCAUGUAAUUUUUUUAGACAGUUCCCUAAUCGGCCACUAGAGGGCUUGCACAUCUACAGUAUCUUUGAGAUAAUUUUCUGUAAAAAAAAAAUCACUUUCUAGAUUUUUAAAUCAAGUUUAUUUGUGCAGCAUACAUUUCUGCAACAACAGCUCAAAGUUUCUUAAAUAAAAACACAGUUUAGAGACGAAAACAAACUGUAAACAGGAAGUACUUGAUCUCAACGAGGUUUCUAUCAGUAUUCAUCUCAAAACAUGAAUACUGUUUUGAGGUGCUGCCACCACCAGGAUUCAUAUUGACGUGAUCUUCAGUGUUGUGUUUCUUUCUUGUAAUCAAAAAUACUUCAAGGUGGAAAAAUGGAAGGUUUCAAGAAGACUGUUAAUCAUUUUUUAAUAUGAAUCUAGCUGCUAUUUUUGGCAGGUUUUUAGAACUUGAAUAGUGUUUCCUUUCACACAAAGUGCCAAACAAUAGCAAUAGUUUCCAUUUUGGCUUUUUUUUUUUACACAUUUCAUGUUUUUUUUUAUAUAAUAAACAAUAUCAGGGUUGGUGUUUACCAGGAUUUUACUGAAUAUGUUGUAGUAUUCGUACUGUUGCACAUUAUGGCUAAUUUGUGAUCAGAAUUGACCAAACAUGCUCUGAUCAUUGUCUGAGCAUAAUCAUGGUUGGUCUCAAAGUUUCUUUUAUUACAAUAAAAUUUGAAAA